CUCUCUCAGACACACACAGACACAAACACACAUUUAUCGUUCUCUUUCUCUCUCUCUUACACACACAUUUAUCGUUUUCCAGGGUUGGGAGCUCGUUUUUCUUGUUCUGAAGCUCUUUCGUGGACAUUGCGAGAAGCGAGGUUGCAUCGGCGAACAAGGGAUCAUCGAUAAAAUAUGGGGAAGAGGAAGUCAAGGCCAAAGACAGAGCCCAAGAAGAGGAUGGAGAAGCUUGAAUCUGUCUUUAACUGCCCCUUCUGUAACCAUGAAAAGUCUGUCAAUUGCAACAUUGACAGGAAAGAAAUGAUUGGAGAAGUAAUGUGUAUCAUUUGCCAAGAGAGAUACAGCACCGCCAUUACUAAUCUAAGUGAACCCAUCGAUAUUUACAGUGAAUGGAUUGAUGAAUGUGAACGGGUGAAUGAAAUGGACGGUGAGAUUUCUCCCAAGUCACCUCCUCUAACACAUCAUGAUUCCUGGUGAAAGACCAGAAGGAAAUGUGUUGAAGAUCUAAACCAUAAUGGAUGCUUUUAACAUCUUUUCAUAGGUUUAACUGUUUCAUCAGUUGAGCUAGACUUUGCUACUCUUGUCAUUAGAAUUCUUGUUAUCUGUAUAAAUUAGUUAGUUGAUUAUAAAGUCAUUUGGAGUCAUCUAAGAUUUUCCAUCUGUAAGCAAAUUUUAAGUUGAAAUUUCAUUUAAAGCUUUUCUAAGGAUGGGCUAA